AUGCCGACGUCGCCCGUCUCGCCGCCUUAUUACUACCAGAACCAGCCCGUGAAUCUCAAAUCUGCCCCAGUCUCAGUCGCACCACACACUCCGCCCUCGCCUGCGUCGGUGCGCAUGUCUUCGUCGGCGCAUAAUGGCAAAGACCAAUCCUUUCCCACGCCGCCGUCGUCCUACGCCCCGACGAACUCGCACCCUACCGUUGACGUGAACACGCACAACUCAACCCCACAGCACUUCGUAAACGACAUGGAUAUCGACAUGCCCGACGCUCAGCCUCCCUCAUCGCGGCCGCUUCUGCCGCUGCUCUGUCAAUCCCCUCACCCUAUCUCGCGGCCUCAUCCAAAUGAAGAUCUCAUCCACCUCUACGGCCUGCAAAGCAUCGCCAACUCGGUUCGCCGAACAGAUCCCGUUACCGGCGAGAAGAUUAACAAGCUGCGCAAGUCUUACGAGGGAAAGGUCAAGACUCUCGGCCUCAGCGGAAAGAACAAGCCGACCGAUAUCGAAGGCGAGUUGCAAGGCUUCAUGCAAUGGGACGAAGGCUCGUGGUAUGACCAGCGUAUACACGGCAGAGAACUUGACAAGGCCGACUCAUCGUCCCUCAUGGCUAACCUCGGCCGCGCCUUGACUAUGAACCCUGGCACCCUCCCUGCCGAUGAACACAACAAGUGGAAAGCCAUUCUCGGCCUCGAUGAUGGCAACAAGACUCCUUCUCAGCCCGUGAACAAGAUUGCCGCCCACCCUCAAAUGCUCAAGGCUCAAGUCUCGUCCAUGCGUGCAUCUGCUCCCGCUUCGCCACGCGCCUCACACCCUAAUGGCAUUCGUCCUGAUCGCUCGAACAAGAAGCGCCGCUAUGACGAGAGCAGCUACACUGGUUACAAUGAGAGUUAUCAAGAAGACGAUGGCUACUCGACAGGUGGCUUGGAUGACAAGCGAAACUCUGCCACCAAGAAGCGUCGAAAAGACUUUUCCACAAACUUCGAGGCCUCUGGGGGCUCCUCAACCUUCAACAAUGGCAUGCUUGGUGUUGGUGUCAAAAGCUCAUGA